CUCGCCGCCGCCCAACACCUCCAGCUCCGAGUCAUCCACUCUCCCUCAUACAUCCAUCCCAUCUCAUCAGCUCGCCACGACGGCCCUCGGCAUCAUGGCAGCUCAGACAGGGAGCCUUUUCCGCUCCGAGGACAUGAGCCUCGUGCAGCUCUACAUUCCCUCCGAGGUCGCCCACGACACCAUCUAUGAGCUCGGCGAGAUGUCCAACUUCCAGUUCAAGGACCUCAACCCUUCGCUUUCGACGUUCCAGCGCCCCUUCACCCCGCGCCUGCGCCGCCUCGCCGAGAUGGCGCGUCGCAUUCGCCUCUUCAAGUCGCAGAUCACGGCUCUCGAGCCGCCCGUGGGCAUUCCACCGCUUUCGGCUAUCCCUCCCUUUACCUGCGUCGGUCCGCGGGCGCAGAACGCGUUCGAUGAGCUUGACGAUAAGCUUAAGGAGCACGAGCGCCGUCUCGCGGAGAUGAACCGCUCUUGGGAGGACCUCGGCAAAAGGAAGGGCGAGCUCGAGGAGAAGAAGUGGGUUCUUCGCGAGACCGCUGCCUUCUUUAACGAGGCCGAGCACCGUCACACUGAGAUCCGCUCCUCUUUCGAGGACAACGUCGAUGGCACCACGCCACUUCUCGACGCCGCCGCCGAGUACGGCACGCUCCCCGGCGAGUCGAUGGCUGGCUUUGACCUCGAGUUUGUAGCCGGUACCAUCGAGCGCACGCGCAUGCCUACUUUUGAGCGCAUUCUCUGGCGUGUUCUUCGCGGCAACCUGUACAUGAACUACUCGGAGAUCGAGGAGCCUUUUGUCGACGCCGUUACUGGCGUCUCGACGUACAAGGAUGUGUUCAUCAUCUUCGCGCACGGCGACGAGCUGCUUGCGAAGAUUCGCAAGGUUGCUGAAUCGAUGGGCGGCACGCUCUACCAGAUCGACUCGGCGCCGGACAAGCGUGCCGACGCGCUUCGCGAGACCCAAACCCGUCUCGAGGACGUCGACGCUGUGCUCUACAACGUGUCGCAGACCCGCCGCGUCGAGCUCAGCAAGAUCGCUGAGGGUCUCGAGGCCUGGAAGGACGCCGUCCGCAAGGAGGAAGAGGUAUGCAAGACACUCAACCUCCUUUCGUUCGACCAGAGCCGCAAAACGCUCGUCGCUGAGGGCUGGACCCCCACCUCGGACAUCACCGCCGUGCAGCUUGGUCUGCGCAGGGCCACUGAGACGGCCGGCACUUCGGUUCCCGCCGUCUUGUCUGAGCUUCGCACAACGCAGACCCCGCCCACUUUCCACCGCACUGACAAGUUUACCGAGGCAUUCCAGUCGAUCAUUGACGCCUACGGUGUGGCGACGUACAAGGAGGUCAACCCUGGUCUCUUCACCGUCAUCACCUUCCCCUUCCUUUUCGCGUGCAUGUUCGGCGACGUCGGCCACGGAAUUCUGGCUGCACUCGCUGCCGGUGCAAUGAUCUUCUUUGAGAAGAGCCUCAUCGGCAAGGGCGGCGAAAUGUUCCAGACCUUCUUCUACGGCCGCUACAUUAUCGUCCUAAUGGGCCUCUUCUCCAUUUACACUGGCUUCAUGUACAACGACAUCUUCUCCAAGUCAAUGUACAUCUGGAAGUCGGGAUGGGCGUGGCCCGAGAACCCGCAGGGUCAGGUCUCUGCAACGCCCCUCGACCGUCGCUACCCCUUCGGCCUCGACCCCCUUUGGCAUGGCGCCGACAACGCACUUAUCUUCAUCAACUCGUACAAGAUGAAGAUGUCCAUCGUUAUUGGCGUCAUUCACAUGACCUUCGCCAUUUGCCUCAACGUCCCUAACUUCAUCCAGUUCAAGCAGCGCCGCCGCAUCUGGGCUGAAUUUGUUCCCCAGAUCCUCUUCAUGUGGUGCAUCUUCGGCUACCUCAUUUUGUGCAUCCUCUACAAGUGGGCGACCGACUGGAGCAAGAGCGAUCUGCCUCCUCCUGGCCUCCUCAACAUGCUUAUCUACAUGUUCCUUUCGCCUGGCACCGUGCCUGAGGGCUCGAAGCUGUACGCUGGCCAGGGCUUCUUCCAGACCAUUCUCCUCCUUAUUGCGCUCAUCUGCGUUCCUUGGAUGCUCUGCACUCUCCCCUACCUUGAGUGGAAGGAGCACAAGGACAUUGCAAGCCAGGGCUACCAGGGCCUCGCGGUCGCCGACAACGGGCGCGCCUCAACGGAUGCUGAGCUCGAGGACGAGGAGGAGGGUGCCGGCCAGCCCGUGGCCAGAGACGAUGACGAGCACCACGAGUUUGACAUGGGCGAGAUUGUCGUGCACCAGGUCAUCCACACCAUCGAGUUCUGCCUCGGCUGUAUCUCGAAUACGGCCUCGUACCUGCGUCUCUGGGCGCUGUCCCUUGCGCACGCCCAGCUCUCCGAGGUGUUGUGGGACAUGACGAUGUCCAGCGCACUUGGCUACUCGGGCGGCGUCAUUGGCGGCACCCUCAUGCUCGUGCCCAUCUUCGCCAUGUGGUUCACGCUCACAAUCUGCAUCUUGUGUGUUAUGGAGGGCCUUUCCGCGUUCCUGCACGCCCUGCGUCUUCACUGGGUCGAGUUCGCCGGCAAGUUCUACCAGGCUGGCGGCUACCCCUUCUCGCCCCUCACCUUUGUGCAGGACGAGGAAGAGAUGGAGUAGGCGUCAGAUCUACCCUGCCAUUUCGGUAACACAAUAUGUGGGGCGAAAAAUACCUCUCCUUGCCGCAACUGGCCAAUGCAAAGAAUCUUGAAGACGUUG